AGGCGCACACGGCGCGAGCGGCCCGCGAGUGGACGGGCCCGGCGGCUGGACCGGCGCCGGUGCUGCCCUGCUCGCUCCCCGCCGCCGCCCAUGAGCCCAGCGCCUCGCGGCCCGGGUCUGUAGGCGGCGGGGCGCCCCCCCCAUGCUGCUGCAGCCCGCGCCGUGCGCUCCGAGCGCGGGCUUCCCGCGGCCCCCGGCCGCCCCCGGCGCCAUGCACGGCUCGCAGAAGGACACCACGUUCACCAAGAUCUUCGUGGGCGGCCUGCCCUACCACACCACCGACUCCUCGCUCAGGAAGUACUUCGAGGGCUUCGGGGACAUCGAGGAGGCCGUGGUCAUCACCGACCGUCAGACGGGCAAGUCCCGCGGCUACGGCUUCGUGACCAUGGCCGACCGGGCAGCAGCUGAGCGAGCUUGCAAAGACCCUAAUCCCAACAUUGACGGCCGCAAGGCCAACGUGAACCUGGCCUAUCUGGGUGCCAAGCCGAGGAGCCUCCAGACGGGCUUUGCCAUUGGCGUACAGCAGCUUCACCCCACCUUGAUCCAGCGGACUUACGGGCUGACCCCCCACUACAUCUACCCGCAAGCCAUCGUACAGCCCAGUGUGGUGAUCCCGGCCGCCCCCGUCCCGUCGCUGUCCUCGCCCUACAUCGAGUACACGCCAGCCAGCCCGGCCUAUGCCCAGUACCCGCCGGCCACCUUCGACCAGUACCCGUACGCCGCCUCACCCGCCUCGGCUGCCAGCUUCGUGGGCUACGGCUACCCGGCCGCCCUGCCUCAGGCGCUGUCGGCUGCGGCCCCCGCUGCCGCCUUCGUGCAGUACCAGCCGCCGCAGCUGCAGCCCGACCGGAUGCAGUGAGGGGGGCCGCGGACCCGCACCCCCACACCGGCCAGCGGCUCCGGGCGCUGCCCCGCAGCCUCGGGAGACCCUUUGGGACGCCCGCCUGAUCCCAGCCGGACUGGAGGCCGCGUCUCCUUCGAUCCAGGCCCCACGGCGUCUUGGGGGAGGACCUCAGGGGACGGGGCUGACCGAACGCUGUCCGGAGAUGCACCCGGGACCCAUCUCCCCGGACCUCGCCCCACCGCCGCCCCUCCUCCCGCGCCUCGCGCCCCUCCCCGCCCCCCAGCAGCGCCAGGACCUGCCCCGUCUGCGGACCAGCUGCCCGGCAGGCUGUGCAGACUCUGUCCCGCUCCAGAUGCCUUAGUCCAGCACCGCCCAAGGGCGUGGGGGUGGGGGUGCGCUGCAGCUACAUCCGUGGGGGCAGGGGCAGGAGGCACCUGCCUCCGGAAUUCACAUCCUCGAGAGCGCGGCCUGCCCCCUGCCCAGGCUCCCGGCCGCAGCAGCCGCCGGCAGCGUCCCUUUCUGUCGAAGCUGCGACUCUCUUUCUUACCGUCGAUGUUUUGCUACUAAGAUGAUGUCAGAAUGUCCGUCUAUUUUUUCAACCGGAACUCCCACCACCAAGAAUCCAGAUCCUAUUUUUGACUCUGAGAGACUCGCUUGGGUCACCGGCCCCGCCCGAGGACACAGGGACCGGACUUCCAUGGGAUAAGGCGUCCGCCAGCUGGAGGGCCUGGAGCCCCUCGGAGGGCGGGCGUCUCCAGGCUGCUCUGGCUAGGCGACAGCCGGUUGUCUCAGCGCUUGUCCCCGUCCUCGGCCUCAGAGGGUGGGAGGGAGUGGGGCCCGAGGUGAUGCUGGCCAAGGGGGCGUUUGAGUGGCAAGAGCCUCCGAGUGCAGAGCCCCACAGCCCCGCCCACCCUCCCUCCCUCGUGCUGUCACCUGCUGUAUACCAGCCUGGGCGGUGGGAGUGAGCCGAGACACAUCCCACCUUCCUUGGGGGCACAGUUCAGGGUGGGGGGGGCUUCCAACAGGCCAUCGGGGAAUUCCCGGGUGGGACACCUGGGCUGUGUGGUGGCCCCUGGCUCAGAGUGGGAGGGGAGGGGAGUGAGCCAAGAGGCAGCCUGGCAGAGGAGAUGGGCAGAGGCAUCUGGGGAGGGUGGGCUGCAGAGUCUGGGGCACUGGGGGCAUUCCCUCCGACCUACCUCAGGGAAGUGGGAGGCCUCAGGGGGCUGACCGACGUGGGCAAGCACUUCGCGGCACGCCUGGUACAGAGCCAAGGCCCAGAAAAUAAAGGUAGCUAAUAUUAUAAUAAUAUUUUUAUUAGAACGUUCUGAUUAUAAAAAUAAAACUUGUUUUCUUUAAAGAAAAA